GUCCGUUUGGAUUUGUGGGAGUCCAAACGUUGAGCCAGGCCUUUUAGUUUUGGAAUUUCCCCCCAAAACCUCUCACCUUCCACAUUCAAAAUUCAAAUUUUCCCUCCUAAUCACAACCUCUUCCACGUGUCAGGCGCUCCUUCUCCCACCUGUCGCCUCGAGCUCCAAACCGCCUCUCUCUCUCCUAUAAAUACUCCUCCAACCCAUCUCAUUUCUUCACUUCUCUGCUUCGUUUCUCUUGAUUUGCCCGAUCUGCUUUCUCUCUCUAGCUUCUCACCAAGUAAGUGCUCCAGUCCUCCUAGUCUUUUAUUUUUCAUCUUCCCUUUUUUAACCGGCAACAUCAUGUCUUCUGAUAGCCAAAACAUAUCCGGCCAAUCUUAUGGGUCAGGCUCUCAGCCCUCUUCUUCUUCUCACUCUGAGUCUUCUUCUCCCCCUGUCACACCUUUAAUUCGCCGCCCCUCUCACCAAUCCAGCUCCCAGGCCCAGGAAAUAGUUGCCCAGGAGCCUGUUCCUUUGAACCAAUUGCCCGGUCGUUUCAAUCCCAAGGUCCUCAGCUGGGACCAGUGGGAAGAACGAUUGGGAUCAAUGGGCUACCUAGCCCUUGACUCAGGACCGGUCUUCAAAGAAUCCUCUAGGGUUACAAAAAAGGUCCUGGCCGAGGUACGCUCCGUCCUUCCACCGGGCUAUAAAGUCAUUUCUAACACCACCUGGCCCAACAUCAUUGACCCCCACCAAGGAAACCGGUUGGGUUUUCAUGUUGCUUCGCUAGAGGGGGGCAUUAUCUUUCCCCUUCGCCCCCUCCUCGUAGAAAUCUGUGACAUGUUCAAGAUUUUGCCCGGCCAGCUUACUCCAAAUGCUCACCGGUUCUUGAAUUGUUUUGUAAAUAUUUGUGAAUCUCUAAAAAUCACCCCUUCUUUGGACCUCUUCCUUCACAUGUAUGAUGUCUUGCCCGGGACUAUUAACUGCUCGGGCUUUGUUUACUUCCAUUCCCGUCCCAAUUCUAGGGGUUUUUUGACCGGUCUUCCCCCUAGCCACAAGAAAUGGAAGCAAAGAUUUGUUUUCGUUGAGUUCCCCCCUGACCAAUUUCAACUCUCCAACCGUGAGUGGGCUGACCGGGUUAUAAAACCCGAAAGGGUUCACCCGGAGCCCACCAAAGAGCUAGAGGAAGCCUGCGAGAAACUUCUCAAGGGUGAUCCUGUGACCGGUAAGCCAUACGCCUACGGUGGAUGGGUAUACCAGUUACCUAACCCGGAUGGGGACGUGUCUGCGACCCAUGACGCAGGAGAUGACCGGGCUGAUUCCCCGGAUGGUCACGCUGAGGCCGGCUCUCCUCAUCCAGACAUGAACUUCAACAGGAUGACCACCAUCAUUGAGGAUGAUGACGAUGAUGUCCAAGUCCUCAACUCCAACCGGUCUCCUCUCUCCAAGCCUCCCUCUCCUCCUUACUUCCCUGAAAUGGAUGGGGCCGCAAGUGCCCGGUGUAGCCCUAUCCAGAGCCAAAAACUGAACUCUCCUCCUGCCACCCAUCUCUCCGAAAGUGACCGGGUCCCUUAUCCCAAGAAGGAUGUCAAGGCCAAAGGGAAGGGGACCGGUCAUUCUUCUUCUCAGAAAAGGAAGAGUUCCCACAAGACUUCCAGGGGGGAAAAGAGGAAGAAAGUCAGGCUAUCAGAUCUAGAAGGGGAGUCCAUUGAAGUGACAUUUUUAUCCUUGGCCCAGAAACUCAGAAAGGUUGGAGUUCUAUCCGAAGAAUUUGGCCGGUCACUCCUGGAGUCCAAGGACCAGGUCUCCGAACUUACCCUCCUUCUUGAUUCUGUCAAGUUGGAGAUCAAUGACCGAGUCGAGAGGGAGAAGAGACUUGAAGAGGAGCUGAAGGAAGAGAGGGCCAGGCUAGAUGAGGAAAGAGCCAACCUGGUGGAGGCGAAGAGGAAGUUGGUAGAGCUGGAGGAUGCCUUGGCCCAAGCUGAAGAGACUGCCCGGUCCAUUCUAGUUGGGCCUGAGGAGACAAUGGCCUUCUUCAAGACCAUGUACAAGGAGCCGGAGGGCAAAAAGAUGAUAACCGAUAUCGGUUCAUAUGGUUUCCAAUGCGGUCAGAAGGAUGAGAGGUCACUCCUCUACUCCAGGCUUCAGAAGAGGGACCCUUCCUUUGACCCGGCCAAAGAGCAAUCCUUUCCUGAUGAUGCUGCACGAUGGGCGGCCGGGCAUCAUGUCGAGACUGCCCGGUCCAUUCUAGUUGGGCCAGAGGAGACAAUGGCCUUCUUCAAGACCAUGUACAAGGAGCCGGAGGGCAAAAAGAUGAUAACCGAUAUCGGUUCAUAUGGUUUCCAAUGCGGUCAGAAGGAUGAGAGGUCACUCCUCUACUCCAGGCUUCAGAAGAGGGACCCUUCCUUUGACCCGGCCAAAGUGAAGCUCCCGGCCUUGUAUACGGAAGAGCCAGCUCCCCCCUUUCCCCUAGAGUAGGUUAGGGUUUUAUUUGAAAAAACUUUGAAUUUUCCCAAGGCCUGGGGGAUGUCCGGCCUACUCCUGACUUGCGUAAUAUUAUCUUUUAUUUUGUAUGGUUUUCAAUUUACCGGCUUGUUUCUUCUUUCCGUUUGCAUGGUUGAACUCCUUUUUUAUGCAUGGUUAUUGCUUUUCUUUUCCUUUUCUUGAUCGCCUUUGAAUGAACUUCCAAGUCAAUA